UCAGGGAGGAUUAUCUGUUAGGAAGUAUGAGGCAGAGUUCACCCGUCUCAGGAAGUAUGUCCACUAUGGUCGAGAGGACGAGAUGAUGAUUAUCCGUAAGUUCCUUCGAGGACUUAACCCAUAUAUCAGGAGCAGACUUGAGGCAGUAGAGUUUCAUAGGCUUGCUGAUCUUGUUGAGCGUGCUGUGAACGUGGAGGAGGCCAUUGCUGCUGAGAGAGCUUCUUCUAGCCAUUCUGCACAACCUAGACGUCCAUCAGUUCAAAGUCAGCAUCAGCCACAUUCUCCUAUGCCGCGAGGACGGGGAGGUAGAGCUUUUCGGGGAGGUCGAUCUGGAGAUCCUAGACCUAGAACCCCAACUUGUUUCACUUGUGGCCAGCUGGGCCAUGUUAGGAGAGAUUGUCCGACCGUGGUACAGUUCCAAACGGCUGUACCAUCUCACAUUACUUGUUUCACGUGUGGAGAGAGAGGACAUUACGCGACAUCAUGUCCACACACUCAUCUCGCUCAGCCUGUUGUUUCGAGUGCUCAACCCGUUGUACCAGUUAACCCACCUUUACCCUUACCUCCUGCUAAGCGUCAAGCCACUGCUGGUAGGGCUUAUGCUUUAGAGUUACCAGGACCAACCGGACCACCUCAGGGUCCGAUUUCAGGUUUGUUUUCCUAACCAAUUGAGUGUUGCAUAAUUUUUAAAUGAUUGGUAAAUUGGUGAUAAAAAAAAAUAGUAUAAAAGUUGUUGAGUAAGUAAUUGAUGGGAAAGUCAAUUAUUGUCAGCGACUUUUCUUGUGGGUGGAAUAUCCGCCCACAUCCUUUUCGAUUCGGGAGCAACACAUAGUUUUGUAGCUCCCGAAGUAGCAUCAUGAUUCGAUGGAGAAUUCACUAAGGUGAAUUUAUCCAUUCCCGUUCUAACUCCCGGAGAUCAUGUUCUUGAAACUGAAGGUUGUAUUCUAACAGUUCCAAUCAUUAUCCAAGAUAUGGUUUUUCCGGCUGAUUUGCUAGUUCUCCCCUUAGAGAGGUACGAGGUAAUCU